UCCCUUGGAACUCAUACCCACCUGCCUGCCAUGACUGCUGUCUAGAGCUCUGCCCCGCCCUCUCUCUCUCUCUCUCUCUCUCUCUCCCUCUCUCUUUCUCUCUCACUCCCCCUCGCUCAGAAACGUAAUCCCCUGGGGGGGUCUUGAAGGGCAGUGCAAGCAGUAGGUUGACAGGGAACGUGAAGCAGUGUAGUGAUAUUACACAAGAACGGCUUUCAAUUUUUCUCGUUCUUCUCUGCAUGCAGAAACACAGCGAUGGUGAACGCAGCGGUCUGAAGUAAACGCCCCUCCCCCCCGUGUUCUCUCUGGCGUGUGUAUGUGGUAGUGCUGUGGUGGUAGUGUGGUGCAAGUAUCACCUGUGCACAGAGUCCUUCCUUACGUUCAAGCACCACAAUGAGGCAUAAAAUGAGGUGGUGGUGGUCCCUGCCGCUAGUGCAUCACCGGACAACCUUCUUCUUGACGUUCUUAAUGUUGUUUCCGGCGCUGAUGGCCGUCUUCACCCAGGAGAAUGAGAUUAACAUGCCCCAUCAGGAGUCUGACCGGAUCGCCUCUCUGGUCGAAUUCUGGGCGAAGAAGAUCGGAAACCACAUUUAUCACUUGUCAAAUGCUUUCUCCCAGUACGCCGACAUAAAAACUAAUUUCGAGAAUUCAGAAGCCAAGUUGCAGGAGAAUGAUGGCCUCCAGCUUGUCAAGGAGAUGGCCACUGACGUCACUAACAUGAUGAAAUUCAAGGUGGAGGCUGUCAAGAGGAUCAUGAACGUGGCAGAGGAGGCCUCGCUGGACAAGGAGUAUAAGCAAGACGAGGAGGUGGAGUACUACAACGCCAAGCGACUCAACAAGUUCUACCCUCCCGAGCACAAGCUCAAGGGUGAGCUAAGAGAAGGCUUCAAGAGGCUCACCCUCACUGAGAACUCCCACUUCGACGGCAUUGCUGUCAACGAGAACCACUCAUCCGUCCACGUCCCUACCAAUGUCUACGAUAAGGGUGGUGUGGUACGGUGCACCAAAGGUGAUGUGGUACGGUGCACCAAAGGUGGUGUGGUACGGUGCACCAAAGGUGAUGUGGUACGGUGCACCAAAGGUGAUGUGGUACGGUGCACCAAAGGUGAUGUGGCGUGUGACACUGUGUCACGAGAACUGGCACUUAUGGUGAUGAGGUCGAUGCUGGAGGUUGGCAGAGGUGGAGAUGAGGAUGAUGGAGAUUGGCAAAGGUUGAGAUGUGGAUGCUGGAGGUUGGCAGAGGUGGAGCUGAGGAUGCUGGAGGUUGGCAGAGGUGGAGAUGAGGAUGCUGGAGAGUUCCAGACCCGUCAAUGGUUCCUUCACUUUUUCCAGAUCAACAAGAGGAUCCCACAUCCGUGUCAUUGCGUGAUCUCACAGCGUUCCAGAUCCUUCAAUGGUUCUGUCACUUUUGCCAGAUCAACAGAAGAAUCCCGUAUCCAUGCCAAUCAACAAAAGGAUCCCACAUCUCUUCAACUCUCAGAUCUCUCGCCUUUCGAGACUAACAAAUGGACCGCUGCGCUUUUCCAGGCCAAUGGCUGGAACUCUCGCCUCUCCAUAACAACAAAUCGAUCCCACACGUUUCCAGAAUCUCUGCAUAUUGCAAGCUGGACUCCUUUGGGACCAGCUUUAAUAAAAGUUCAGCCAGAUUCGUCAUACAUCAUGACACCAGCAAUAGUUCAUCUUAUCUCGGCACCGGACUUGAUCAAUGCUAUCCGUUUGGCCCGGUGGCGUCUCGACAGAACUUCAAGUCGAAUUAUGAACUGGAUCAAACACCUCGUGGCAGUACUUCGGCUCCUCUAUGGCUUCCUUUCAGCACCCUCGUCUUCCUGGGUGAUGGACGAGAAGGAUCCUGACCUCUACGAUGCUCGCCUCCGCUCCUGGUACAUCGAGGCGGCCAACAGCCCUAAGGACAUGAUUAUUCUUCUCGAUGUGUCAGGCUCCAUGACAGGACUGCGUCGGGAGAUCGCCAAGCAUGUGGUGUUGAACAUCUUGGAGACACUGAACGAGAACGACUUCGUCAACGUCUUCAAUUUCAGCGUGGAGACCCUGGAGCUGGUGCCUUGCUUCAGAGACACUCUGGUCCAGGCUAAUCUUGAGAACCUGGGAGAGUUUAAGAAAGCACUUAACUAUGGAGAGACCAAAGACAUCGCCAACUUCACACAGGCUCUCACACAAGCCUUUGAACUUCUACAUCGGUAUAACAAGAGCGGUCAGGGAUCUCAGUGUAACCAGGCCAUAAUGGUGGUGACAGACGGUGCUCCAUACAACUUCGAGGAGAUCUUCGCCAAGUAUAACUGGCCGCACCUGCAAGUGCGCAUGUUUACCUACCUCAUCGGCAGAGAGGAGACCAAGGUCAGGGACCUGAACUGGAUGGCCUGUGCAAAUAAAGGAUACUUCGUUCACGUCACUACGCUGGCGGAGGUGCGGGAACAAGUGCUCAAGUACAUACCGGUGAUGGCGAGGCCUCUGGUUAUGUAUCAGUCGAGCCAUCCGCAUGUUUGGACCGGUGUGUACGCUGAUAUAGCGCAUAAGAUGCAUGGAUAUAUUUUGGACCCCAAACAAACCGAGUGGCUGUGGGAAGUGCGGGAGAGAAACAGGCAGAUGGAACGCACCAACCACUACCGCAAACUUAAGAAAAUUGUAGAGAAUAAGGGCAAGUCUCUCAGCAACCCUUUCGUGCUCCAGGACAAGAGGGAGGUGGAGAAAUUUCUCGAGUACGGAGAAUUUGGUCUCAGCAACCGGGACAUUGCCCGCAUGGGGGCUGAACGAGCUCGCAAAACCAGGCGAGAGCGCCUGAGGCGGGCGGCCAGCACAGUGGAGCUGGAUCAUACAUUUCGUGAACUCGUGGAACCUACCAGCACCUCGCUCACCAAGGGGCUCCACCGCCGCCUUAAGCGAGACGUGACCGUCCUCGUACCAAAAAAGAUCCACGACUACGACCUGCUCAAGUGGUAUAAGCGCUUGUUGAGGGAACAGGCAAAACUUAAGAGGUGGUAUGAAGAUAUUCGCUUGGUACGUGCGCGCUCGGCAGGGCAACGUCAGCCAACACUCCAUCGUAACUCUUGCUUUGGUCACAUUUCGGCUCCAAUGAAUAACAUCACCGAGCGGGUUUUGGUCAAUGAAUCCAUUUGGGCGUUGAGGAGACGAGAGGUGCGGACGGCGAACUUGCUUGGUGUAGCAGGUACUGAUGUCCCCAUACGAGAGAUAGAGAAGCUGGUCCCACCUUAUAAGCUCGGCGUGAACGGCUAUUCCUUCAUGGUGAACAGUAACGGUUACGUUCUUUAUCAUCCUGAUCUGCGGCCAGUGCACGAAGAAGCAAAUGCUGAGGUACAGAGGAGAUCGCGAGAUAGACAGGAAUGGUUCCAAGACAUCUUGAAGCCUAACUACAACAGUGUAGACUUUGCUGAAGUGGAACUGACCGAUCAUGAGCCUGGUCCCCGCUCCAACCACUCCGAACUGCUCGCGCUGACUGGAUGGAGAGAUUAUUAUAGCAAGCUUCGUCGCGAUUUGAUUGAGCAGCGGGGUGGUGAAGCUGUUCUUGAUGUUAAAAUCCAUAUGGAUGGCAUGAAACGCGUAGUACAAAGGAAGCAGAGGUACUUCACACAGAAGAUAGGUGGAACGCCCUUCAGUCUGGGCAUCGCUAUGCCUGAAGGAUACGGCAAGUAUAAAGUGCACGGGCAGAUUGAACUCUCAAGGGUCAUUCAGGAUCCCAGAGGAGCUAAAGCAAUGGAUCAUUUUUCUACGGGAAAUUGGACUCUUCACCCUGAUUGGGUGUACUGUGAGUACAAGUACGACCAGAACCGCGUCGACCAGAGCCCAGAGGACCUCAUGAAGGACUUCCUCUCCCGUGCACAGAAGCCCCACUGGAAGUGGCGUUCCACCCGUACCCGCCCACCUCCUGAACCUGCCAUGAACCAGGCUCAGUACAACACCUGGAAGCCUCCAGCUCACGAAGAUGACAGAAGGGACAACUAUUACUGUGACAAGGACUUAGUACAGUCUCUCCUCUUCGACGCUAGUGUCACUAACGUCUACGCUAGCAGUAACCGCAAUAUGGAAGACCAACUAGAAGGAAAGAAUAGUGUCCGCCAUUACUUCGGCAUGACAACGGCCUUUGUAGCCACUCGAAGUGGCUUGACCAGGUGGAUUGAUCUCACCAGGGCUAAUCCCAUGGACGACGCAGCGCAGAACAACCACUCGGGCGAGCCGCACUUUAUGAAGAUGCACAACAAGGCCAUUGAUGAGGUGUGGUACAAGAGAGCUGUAGAUUACUACGAGGAGGACAACGAAGCUUACGUUUACUCAGUGCCCUUCGAUGCGGCAACGAGAAACCCAGACGAUGUACUGGUGACAGCGACCAGAGCUAUCUUCAUUGAGGAGAACUCCUACAGGAAGGCCCCAGCGGCGGUGGUCGGAGUUACCAUCAAACACAGCAAGUUCGUUGAAUACUUCAAGAACGAGACAUACAAGUGCCCAUCAUACCCUUCUCGAGACUCUAACUGCAAGAAAGCCAAGACAUGCGAGAGUAAGUCACUGGACUGCUACCUGCUGGACGACAACGGCUUCAUCAUAGCAUCAGAGAACGACGACGACACAGGAAAGUUCUUCGGCACGUUAGAAGGUACCAUCAUGGAGUCCUUGGUGCAGAGCGAAGUAUACAAAAGAGUCAGAAUCUUCGACUACCAGGCGGUGUGUCUCGACACCCGCUUAGAGCCAAGCAUAGCAUCCAUACUUGCCACGCCUCUACAAUGGAUCCGGUGGAUGGCAAAUUGGAUGAUGGGCAACAUCUUCUGGAUGCUGGUGAAGACACAUCUCUACACGUUAUGGGAUCCUAAUCAGGCGUGGGCUUACACACACACUGAAAGAGACAUCCAGUAUCCAGAUCUAGAGGAGCCGCCUCAAGACGUCUUCGACUAUAAAGAGCCCAGCUUAGAAGAGCCGAGGAGUGUUGAUCUUCCUGAAUACUUGGCAGACGACGGUACAGAGGAAGUUCUCCCCGAGGUAGCAGCGCCAGAUGACAUCCCCAGGAGUUUUGACUACGACAACGCCACAGAGGGCAGCGGAGAGGAAGAUGUCCUCGCUGAGUACGAAGACGUUCUGGGAGAAAUAUAUUAUGAUAUUGACGGUAUGCAUCCUGAUGGUAAAGUUCCCCCAGACUAUGAUCCGCCUUACGGGGAGGAGGAUGGAGAUUUCCCUAGCAUCGAGAGCAGGACGCCACAGCUGCCUCUCAUGAACAUUCAGCUGGCGUACAUCAACAAAACGCAUCCUCGGCCUUGUGACAAGGAGGUUUAUCUCUACAAACUACAGAACCAUAAACUACAGCAGGAGGGAGCCUACAAGCCAGUGAAGGGAAAAUUGUCUAAUUGCCAUACAAAUGGUUGUGGAAGGCCGUUCAGCGUACAGAAGGUGAUCUCAACUAACCUGAUCCUGGUGGCCGUGAACAACCUGUGUCCGUGCGAGUCGAGGAAGGUAGACAUCGAGCCCGUGGAGGUCGACUACAACGAGACCAUGCACUGCAACCGCUUACUGCUACAACACUUCAGAAAGAGGCCAUCCACUUGCUACAACUACCACCCUGACGAGCACGAGAUCAAGCUGUGUGGAGGAGCUGGAGCACUGGGCUUGCCCUCACUGGCCCUGCUGGUCCUCCUGACGCUGGUCCACAUCUUCAACAACCUUAGCUUUGGUUCGUGAUAGUUGCGGUGUGACUGAACGCCCUCUCACACACGCACACACACGCGCGCUCUGCUGUGAACCGAAAAUACGCAACAGAAAAUAAAUUAAGCAGAAGCAGUGAUUUUUUUUAUUGGUACUUGUUUCUUUCAUUAAUUUUGUGUGUUGGUAGGUGAUCCUUUUUUGUUUGUAACUACCUUUGCAAGGAUGAGCAUCUGCCAGGGAAAAACUGUAGGCCUGUUCUGGAUUUCCUGUGUGAGCCGAUUAUUGGAAAUCUUUCAGCAGGGGACGUUUUCUCUUUCUUGUAUGUAAAUAAUGCGGAACUUUCUUACAAAUCGGCCAGAGGAUGCAGCCAGUCAGGAAGCAACGCUCCUAAUUCAUCAAGCCGAGAGUCUGAUGGCAAUUGUUGUUUCUGACUGGCAACCGAGUGUUAAAUAGACAAAGAAAGGGUCAGAAAGAGAAAGAGAGAGGAAGAGAGAAGGACCUCUUCGUUCAGAGACAAAGGAGGUCUUUAGAAUUAUCGCCAACCAGCAGGAACCUCUUAAAUCCAUUAUACAUAUAAUUCGAACCUCUUGAAUCCCUUCUUGAACCUCUUCUCUUCCUCUCUGGUGAACUCUUCAGUGUCUCGCUCCAGUGUGAUGACUUGUGACUCAGAAGAAAAAUAUAGAGACAAAGGCAAGUUCCUUGGAGUAUAAGAGUACUUGUUAACGUUUGUUUUUAAGGAUAUGGAAUCCCGUUCUCUUAAACUGUCAAUUUAUACACAUAAACUGUCCCGUUGGAACGUGUAGAAGUGUGGCUCCAGCCUCACCUGUCAACUGGAAUGUUUUAAUGGAAAGUAAAAAACAGAAAAUGUAAAUUUUUCCUACGAAAAGUGACAUGAACUGUGAGGUCAGUACUGUUACUGAAUGAUAUGAGCAAAAUCUAUAUCUUUCUUUAUUUUGCGUGUAUAAAAUAUGAUGAAUAAUGGUUGUCAUUUCGUUGCUUCUGGCAUUUUUUCUUGUGUUGCUACUGGUAUUACUGAGGAAGUGAUGCUGCACACUGAAGAAUAACAUCACAGCUCUGUACAUGUAGUAUAAUCACCUCUUAUUUCAUUCAGUAUUAUUUUUACUUAAGACAGUAUUCUCACUAUUGUCUUUAGUCUGUACUCUUGCCAUUUUUUUUAUAACUUUUAUUAGGACUAUUGAAUAUAUAUUACCAUAAAAUUUGACUUCAAUGAAGUUAUCAGAAAAUUAAACAUUUGGAAAAAAAAGUAAAAUGCAGUAGAGUAUUUAAAACAAGGUACAUGCAAAUUAAUCUGGCCUUCUAGUUGACUAGUAAAGUAGAGAGGACUCCUCAAUUUUCUACCAAGCACUUUAGUUGUGACUAGUGAUUAGAAAUUUAUACACUAGUGGACUGUAGCCUCUUAAGUGAUGAUCUAGGAAAGGCAUAUCAAAAAAGUGACACAUAUCACUUUAAGUAAUGUAAUUGUUACAUUCGCUUUUAAUUACCCCUCCGAGAGAGGCUUUAAUUUAGUUUAUUGUUCAUUGUUAUUUGUUUAAAGCUAUGAUUUAUCCGAUAUAUAUAUAUACACACACACAUAUUUAUAAAU